AUGGACUUCGAGCUGCGGAACAGUUUUGUGUUUUUAGGUCACGUGGGGGACGUCGGCGUGUGGGCGGAGCCUCGUACAGACUCUUACAGCGAACCUAAAGACAAACCUCAGGAGUACUUCACCAACGGGAUCCUGAUGGCAGCUCCUCUGACCGUCAUGGACGUCCGGGUGAAGAACCUGACCGACAAAAACGGGCCCCUGAGAAACUCUCUGGUGCUGAAGCUGCCCGGCGCCUACGAGAGGAGCCACCCGCUGAAGGAGAAGGAGUGGCUGCAGUUCCACGUGAACCAGGAGCUGGAGACGGAGCUGGGCCUCGCCGUGAGUACCCUCCAGGAAAGAUCUCCUGACCUGGACCACACCAGACACUUAGGGCUACGUUCAGACUGCAGGAGUAAGGAGGAUCUGGGCGUGCGUCUGUCUCUGGAUGUGCCGCCUCAGGAGAAGGAGUUCCUGCAGAAGAGGAGGAGGACUGUGGCUCGUGCUCUUCAGGCUCUGCUGGGUCUGAAGUCUCCACCCUCGGUCAAACAGGUGCCCACCGUUGCUCUGGUGGCAUCAGGGGGAGGGUCCAGAGCCAGCACCGGGUUCCUGGGCUCUCUGAAGGGGCUGAAGGAGAUCGGAGUCCUGGAGGCCGUCACGUACAUCACCACCGUGUCCGGAUCCACGUGGGCGUUGUCCACACUGUGCCAGGACGAGAACUGGUCCCAAAACCUGGAGAGCAUCAUCUCCCAAAACAGAAAACAAAUGACCAAGGAAACGAGCAGUUGUUUGACCUUGGAGAAGAUACAGUACUACCACGCGGAGAUGGAGGAGAAGGAGAAACAGGGCCACCAGGUCUCCUACGUCGACCUGCAAGGACUCGUGCUGGAGCACAUCGUGUUUGGACAGAAAAACACCAGUACUUUGUCUGAACAGCAGAAGACGGUGAAGAAUGGUCAGAACCCUCUCCCCAUUUACACUGCGGUCAACGUGAAGGACUCCCACGGACCACAAUGUUUCUCCUCCUCAGAGUGGGUGGAGUUCACUCCGUUCGAGGUGGGUCUUCCGAAAUACGGAGCCUUUGUCAGAACAGAAGACUUUGGCUCUGAGUUUUUCCUCGGACAUUUGAUCAAGAAGCUCCCGGAGGUCAGAGUGCCUUAUCUCAUAGGGAUCUGGAGCAGUGUGAUCUCGGUGUCUGUGCGUGAUCUGGUCAAGAGGCUGAUCGGUCUGGACCCUGUGAGCUCCGACAUCAACCCCACAGUCAACACCAUCGAAAAAGACGAGGUGCCGUCCACUCUGGACACGCGGCUCCUCACCUCGUCCGGACUCAUCCACAAAAUCUCCACGUUCUUCAAAAGUCGACCAAUCACCAACAAGACGUUCAACUUCACCAGAGGAAUGUCCCUGCACCAGAACUACAACCAGAACAACAACUUCCUCACAUCCAAAAACUCUCACCCGGACACUUUCCCAAACGACCUGACUCCGUCCGACCUGAACCUGGAGCUCAGACUCGCCGACGUCGUCAUCGUCCUCAGUUACUCCUGGGACCCGGACAACGUCUUUAAGGUUUUGCAGAAGACCUGUGAGUUCUGUGAGGAGCGUAAAGUCCCGUUUCCCUCGGUGAACUUCAGCCACUUCCUGUCGCAGCCGCAGAGGGAAGUGUACGAGUGUCAGGACCCUGACGCACCCGCCGCACCUGUCGUCCUGCACCUGCCGCUGGUCAACGCCUCCUUCAGAGACCACAAGGCCCCAGGGACGGGGGGGACACCGGGUCAGGACCGGGGACCGUCCCGGGUCCGGUCUCUCCCCGGUGCAGGUCUAAAGGAUCCGUUUGGUGUUUCAGGCGUGAGGCGUGAGACGGACGAGGAGGUGGCGUUGGGGCGGGUGGACGUGAGUUCUCCGGACUCUCCCUUCACCACCGCACACCUCACGUACUCCGAGGAAAACUACGACGCGCUGAUCGACGUCGCCCGCUACAACGUCCUGCGCAGCAAAGACGCCAUCGUGUCCGCGCUCGCCGAAGCUCUGAGCCGCAAGUGA